GGGGAUUGUUAGGGGCAGCCAUUAUCUCCCCCACAUAUUUUGCUACCUUUUACCGCCUUCUUCAUUCCUUUACAUAUUUAACCCCAGCUAGGGUCAAAACGAUGUACAGGAGCGGAAUUCGAUGGUUGGUUCACAAGCUGUGAGCCCUCCAAUCAGAUGCGGUAUUUCUUUGGGAACCUGCAAACACUUUUUUUUUUUUUUUUUUUUUUUUUUAUGAUUUUCUAUUAGAUGUAUGUAAAUUGAGAACUACUACUUAGAGUGCAGAUGUUCCAAACAACGAACGCUUUCAAUUGUGAAUCUUUUAUGAUAAACACUCGAGAAGAACGAAGAAUAUUGAUGUCUAAAAUUUAAAUCAGUAUGAUUUGCACUGAUAAAAAUUCAUCACAGAAUCAAAGAUUGCCCCACAUAGUUAAUGAGCCUCAAAGUUUGCAACUCUUCAUUUAAGAAUGAACUGUAUGCAGCUUGUAAAGUUAAAACAAAAUUACUGAAGAAACGUCCCGUCGAUUCACAGGCAACGCAUGGAAAUGCGAUGUUGUGCACCAUCGAAGAACUGAGGAAAAUCUGCCUUUUUUCAUCGGCAGGAAUUCAAGAACUGCCUACUACCGAUUACGAUGAAGUUUACCCAGGUAUUCUUUUAGGCAACGUUGCUUCAGCGUCGGAUGUGGACAAACUUCGCAAACUGGGUGUCGGAUAUGUCUUAAACUCGGCUUACGGCCCGGACAGGGCUUUGAAUAUGAUCGAAGCUCUGCCUCCCGAAGAGUACGGAAAAGCUGGAAUAGUGUUUCUUGGAAUUCCAGCCAUUGACAUGAUGUCCUUUCCACUACGUGAUUAUUUCUCUCUGGCAUGUGAGUUCAUACGGGAUGGUCUGGCAUCUGGUAAAAAGGUUCUGGUGCACUGUAAGCAAGGGAUCAGCAGAUCCGCGGCUUUGGUGUUGGCAUAUCUUGUUCAAGAAGUUGGACUUGAAGUGCAAGAAGCGACAAGGAUGGUUCGAAAGCAAAGGGAAAUCUUCCCCAAUGAUGGUUUCCUCCAGCAAUUAUGCGAAUUAAACGAACUUAAACAUAAAAAAUAGGUGAUGAUAACAUUCAUAGUUAUAAUUCCUGAGCUAAAAUAAAAGUAAAUUUUAAAA